AUGUCGGUCAACAUGUUCUCCCGCAGGGCUCUGCAGUUGACGACUCGGCGACUGGCCGCAACCCACCCCUCCACUGCCCUGCCCAGAUUAUCUGCUCCGGCAGCCAUAGCGACCCUACAGAAUAUCCAGUACAGACCAGCAACAACACAAACAGUAUCCCAAGCCAGCGGUCAAGAAAUCCUCGCCAACCAGCGCCUCCACCGCCCCGUCUCUCCGCACCUCGCAAUCUACCGCCCUCAAGUCACCUGGUACCUGAGUGCCCUGAACCGCAUCACGGGUGCUACGCUGUCCGGAGGAAUCUACGUCUUCGGCGCCGCCUACCUCGUCGCCCCGCUGUUCGGCUGGCACCUGGAGUCGGCCAGUCUGGCUGCCAGUUUUGCUACCCUGCCCAUCGUCCUCAAGGUCGCGUUGAAGGCCUUCGUAGCGUUCCCGUUCACGUUCCACGGUUUGAACGGCAUCAGACAUUUGGUGUGGGACACGGGCGCGGCGAUCACGAACCAGCAGGUCAUAUGGACGGGAUGGACGGUCGUUGGUCUGAGCGUGAUCUCUGCCCUGGGGUUGACUUUCUUGUGA